AUGGCAACCGCCAUCAGCGAGUCCUCCCCGCUUCUGCCGCAGCAUAGAACGUCAACUGAUUCUUCUGCCCGCCCCAGCAUACGAUCUGCUCGAACUGUCACCUUCAACCCGAUGACUUCGGUCAGUUCACAGUCCGGGGCAACGUCCUCGGGCUCCUUGAGACCUUCACAAAGUCCAUCGGCGGCUCUCGGCGGCCCGGCUCAACAAAAGCGCGAACAACAACCUAUGCUGAGUGCCCUGAACUCGAAACUGCGGAGAAGAAAUAGUCAUGGUGCGCCUCUACCCACCACGCAGCCGUUCACCGGAGCUCCUCGGCCUGGUGCCCAGAGGACGACCAAGACAACAGAAAAGCUCAAAAUCCUGCCAAACCCCGAUAUCGAGGAGCCUGAUGAAGAGAGCGGUCGAGAUGUAUAUUCGCAAUUUACGAGGAUCAAAGAUCCAAACGCUAGAAGGGACGCUGCAAGGCUCGGAAAGGCGGACAGAGACAAGCUACCAAGAGUCACGGCUUACUGUAUUGCCCAAGGUUAUCGCCUCGAUGCCAUUAUGAAAUUCAUGAAGUCCAGAGCCAAGACGAGGGGCGCCAAUCCAAAGCUGUUCGACGAAUGUCUUUACAGCCCCUACGACUAUGAUUACCUGAAGAAGAAUGACAAGAACAAGCCCAGCAGCAGAGGCAAUAGUCCCGUGCAGGAGAGAUUCGCCAGAGCCAUGGCUAGCCCGAGGUUGACGCCUGCCGAAAGGAGGUACUCGGACAGCGUGGUCGAGGUAGAAGAUAACAAGAAGCAGAGAAGAGGAGAACUGGCAGAUCUACAGGAGGAGAUGGGCCACCCUGGCAUGAUCACAGAGUCCUCGGAAAUGGCUAUCGAUGCGUCACCGUCGACAGUCGAUCUUGGAGAGUUGGGCCCUGACUUUGAACACGAACGCUCGAGUUCUGAGUUCUCCACCACCGUGCACACACCCGAGGUCUUCAUCUUUGACUACGGUACUGUGGUGAUUUGGGGAAUGACUGUUCAGCAAGAGCAACGCUUUCUGAACGACAUGUCCAAGUUCAGCGAUGCACCCUUGCCCACCGAAAGUGUGCAGACAGAGAACUUCAACUUCUACUAUACCAAGGAGUACCAGGCCCGGAUCUACAAUGACUUUAUCAGUCUGCGUGAACCUCGCAACCAUAUGAUAAAGUUAGCCAUCAGCCACGCUUUGUCGCAAAGCGUCAAGACGAGUUUAUUCGAAGAUCUCGUCAGCGAGACAAUUGACGCGACGAGUCCUUUGCCCGCGGUGAUUGCUCAGACGGGCAGUGUGAAUUUGACAAGGCGACAACUGAAUAUGCAGAUGGGAGAACUAUUUAUUCUCAGAAUCAACAUUCAUCUGCAAGGGAGCGUCCUUGACAGUCCAGAGCUGAUGUGGGCAGAACCACAUCUAGAGCCAGUUUAUGCUGCCGUCAGGAGUUAUUUGGAAAUCGAGCAACGCGUGACUUUACUUACUGAGCGACUGGAUGUUAUUGCUGAUCUGUUGGCUGUUUUGAGAGAACAAGGAAGUCGAAGACAUGGUGAGGUGCUUGAAUGGAUUGUUAUUGUGCUCAUCGCAGCGGAAAUUCUGGUUGCUGCCAUCAACAUUGUGGUCGACCUCUACGCUGGUGUGGACUGA